CUGCCGAGCGCCUGUCAGCCAUCGCGGAGCCGCCGGCGUCGCCUCCAGCCCAGCACGCCUCGGCGCAGGGGCUCCGCGACCGCCGGGUCCCUCCGUGCCGCCAGCCUGAGUUCUUUUUGGCGGCGGAUAUCUGCUGAGACACUAAGAAUUGUAAGAGCUCUGAGAGCUUACUUUGAAAGAAUAAUGGAUGAACCAUCUCCAUCGGUCAAAACUCUGGAGUUGAACCAGCACUCCCGAUUCAUAAUUGGGUCUGUGUCUGAAGACAACUCGGAAGAUGAGAUCAGUAACCUGGUGAAGCUGGACCUGGAGAAGGAGGAGGGUUCCCUGUCUCCAGCCUCUGUCAGCUCAGAUACACUCUCGGACCUGGGUGUCUCUGGCUUACAGGAUGGUUUGGCCUUUCCCAUGAGAUCCAGCAUGUCUGGCUUGCACCUAGUCAAACAAGGUCGAGACAGAAAGAAAAUAGACUCACAACGGGAUUUCACUGUGGCUUCUCCAGCAGAAUUUGUUACACGUUUUGGGGGAAAUAAAGUGAUUGAGAAGGUUCUUAUUGCCAACAAUGGUAUUGCAGCAGUGAAAUGCAUGAGAUCUAUCCGUCGGUGGUCUUAUGAAAUGUUUCGAAAUGAACGUGCCAUCCGGUUUGUUGUCAUGGUUACACCUGAAGACCUUAAAGCCAAUGCAGAAUACAUUAAAAUGGCAGAUCACUAUGUUCCAGUGCCUGGAGGCCCAAACAACAACAAUUAUGCAAAUGUGGAAUUAAUUCUUGACAUUGCUAAAAGGAUCCCUGUACAAGCAGUGUGGGCUGGCUGGGGUCAUGCCUCUGAGAAUCCCAAGCUUCCGGAGCUACUUUUAAAAAAUGGCAUUGCUUUCAUGGGCCCUCCAAGCCAGGCUAUGUGGGCUUUGGGGGAUAAGAUUGCAUCUUCUAUCGUGGCCCAAACUGCAGGCAUCCCAACUCUUCCCUGGAGUGGCAGUGGUCUUCGUGUGGAUUGGCAAGAAAAUGAUUUUUCGAAACGUAUUUUAAAUGUCCCGCAGGAUCUGUAUGAGAAAGGCUAUGUGAAGGAUGUGGACGAUGGUCUGAAGGCAGCUGAGGAAGUUGGAUAUCCAGUGAUGAUCAAGGCAUCAGAGGGAGGAGGCGGGAAGGGAAUCAGAAAGGUCAACAAUGCAGAUGACUUCCCUAACCUCUUCAGACAGGUUCAAGCUGAAGUCCCCGGAUCACCUAUAUUUGUAAUGAGACUAGCAAAGCAAUCUCGUCAUCUGGAGGUCCAGAUUCUAGCAGAUCAAUAUGGCAAUGCCAUUUCUUUGUUUGGCCGUGACUGCUCUGUACAGCGUAGGCACCAGAAGAUCAUUGAAGAAGCUCCUGCUGCAAUUGCUACCCCAGCAGUGUUUGAACACAUGGAACAGUGUGCGGUGAAACUUGCCAAAAUGGUUGGUUAUGUGAGCGCUGGGACUGUGGAGUACUUAUACAGCCAGGAUGGCAGCUUCUACUUUUUGGAGCUGAACCCUCGGCUACAGGUUGAACACCCUUGUACAGAGAUGGUGGCUGAUGUCAAUCUUCCUGCAGCACAACUCCAGAUUGCCAUGGGGAUCCCUCUAUUUAGGAUCAAGGAUAUCCGUAUGAUGUAUGGGGUCUCUCCUUGGGGUGAUGCUCCCAUUGAUUUUGAAAAUUCUGCUCACGUUCCUUGCCCAAGGGGCCAUGUAAUUGCCGCUCGGAUCACCAGUGAAAACCCCGAUGAGGGGUUUAAGCCCAGCUCUGGAACAGUUCAGGAACUUAAUUUCCGCAGCAAUAAGAAUGUUUGGGGCUAUUUCAGUGUUGCUGCUGCUGGGGGACUUCAUGAAUUUGCUGACUCUCAGUUUGGUCACUGCUUUUCCUGGGGAGAAAACAGAGAAGAAGCAAUUUCAAAUAUGGUGGUGGCACUGAAGGAGCUGUCUAUUCGGGGCGACUUUCGAACUACAGUAGAAUACCUCAUCAAGCUGCUGGAGACAGAGAGCUUUCAGCUGAACAGAAUCGACACUGGCUGGCUGGACAGACUGAUCGCAGAAAAAGUGCAGGCAGAGCGUCCUGACACCAUGCUGGGAGUUGUGUGUGGUGCUCUCCAUGUGGCAGAUGUGAGCCUGAGGAAUAGCAUCUCCAACUUCCUUCACUCCUUAGAAAGGGGUCAAGUCCUUCCUGCUCACACACUUCUGAACACAGUAGAUGUUGAACUUAUCUAUGAAGGAAUCAAAUAUGUACUUAAGGUGACUCGACAGUCUCCCAACUCCUAUGUGGUAAUAAUGAACGGCUCGUGUGUGGAAGUCGAUGUGCAUCGGCUGAGUGAUGGCGGCCUGCUUCUGUCCUAUGAUGGCAGCAGUUACACCACCUACAUGAAGGAGGAAGUGGACAGAUACCGAAUCACAAUUGGCAAUAAAACCUGUGUGUUUGAGAAGGAAAAUGACCCAUCUGUAAUGCGCUCACCAUCUGCUGGGAAGCUAAUCCAAUAUAUUGUGGAAGACGGAGGCCAUGUGUUUGCUGGCCAGUGCUACGCGGAGAUUGAGGUAAUGAAGAUGGUGAUGACUUUAACAGCCGUAGAAUCUGGCUGCAUCCAUUAUGUCAAGCGACCUGGAGCAGCAUUGGACCCUGGUUGUGUGAUAGCCAAAAUGCAGCUGGACAAUCCCAGUAAAGUCCAACAGGCUGAGCUUCAUACGGGUAGUCUGCCACAGAUCCAGAGCACAGCUCUCAGAGGUGAGAAGCUCCACCGGGUGUUCCACUAUGUCCUGGACAACCUGGUCAACGUGAUGAGUGGAUACUGCCUCCCCGAUCCCUUCUUCAGCAACAGGGUAAAAGACUGGGUAGAACGAUUGAUGAAGACUCUCAGGGAUCCCUCCCUGCCUCUUCUGGAGUUGCAGGAUAUUAUGACCAGUGUUUCUGGCCGCAUCCCCCUCAAUGUGGAGAAGUCUAUUAAGAAGGAAAUGGCUCAGUACGCUAGCAACAUCACGUCAGUCCUGUGCCAGUUUCCCAGCCAGCAGAUUGCCAACAUUCUUGAUAGUCAUGCAGCUACGCUGAACCGGAAAUCUGAGCGGGAAGUCUUCUUCAUGAACACUCAGAGCAUUGUCCAACUGGUGCAGAGGUACCGAAGUGGCAUCCGUGGCCACAUGAAGGCUGUGGUGAUGGACCUGCUCCGACAGUACCUGCGAGUAGAGACACAGUUUCAGAAUGGCCACUACGACAAAUGUGUAUUCGCGCUUCGGGAAGAGAACAAAAGUGACAUGAACACUGUACUGAACUACAUCUUCUCCCACGCUCAGGUCACCAAAAAGAACCUUUUGGUCACAAUGCUUAUUGAUCAGUUGUGUGGCCGGGACCCUACACUCACUGAUGAGCUGCUAAAUAUCCUCACAGAGCUAACUCAACUCAGCAAGACCACCAAUGCCAAAGUGGCACUGAGGGCUCGUCAGGUUCUUAUUGCUUCCCAUCUGCCGUCAUACGAGCUUCGCCAUAACCAAGUAGAGUCUAUCUUCCUAUCAGCUAUUGAUAUGUAUGGACACCAGUUUUGCAUUGAGAACCUGCAGAAACUCAUCCUAUCGGAAACAUCUAUUUUCGAUGUCCUCCCAAACUUUUUUUACCACAGCAACCAGGUGGUGAGGAUGGCGGCUCUGGAGGUGUAUGUUCGAAGGGCUUAUAUUGCCUAUGAACUUAACAGUGUACAACACCGCCAGCUUAAGGACAACACCUGCGUGGUGGAAUUUCAGUUCAUGCUGCCUACAUCUCAUCCAAACAGAGGGAACAUCCCCACGCUAAACAGAAUGUCCUUUGCCUCCAACCUCAACCACUAUGGCAUGACUCAUGUAGCUAGUGUCAGCGAUGUUCUGUUGGACAACUCCUUCACUCCACCUUGUCAGCGGAUGGGCGGAAUGGUCUCUUUCCGGACCUUUGAAGAUUUUGUCAGAAUCUUUGAUGAAAUAAUGGGCUGCUUCUGCGACUCCCCACCCCAAAGCCCUACAUUUCCAGAGUCCGGCCAUACUUCACUCUAUGAUGAGGACAAGGUCCCCAGGGAUGAACCAAUACACAUUCUGAACGUGGCUAUCAAGACUGAUGGUGAUAUUGAGGACGACAGGCUUGCAGCUAUGUUCAGAGAGUUCACCCAGCAAAAUAAAGCUACUCUAGUUGAGCAUGGGAUCCGGCGACUUACGUUCCUGGUCGCACAAAAGGAUUUCAGGAAACAGGUCAACUGUGAAGUGGAUCAGAGAUUUCAUAGAGAAUUCCCCAAGUUUUUCACAUUUCGAGCAAGGGAUAAGUUUGAGGAGGACCGCAUUUAUCGCCACCUGGAACCUGCUCUGGCUUUCCAGUUAGAGCUGAACCGGAUGCGAAACUUUGACCUCACUGCCAUUCCGUGUGCCAAUCACAAGAUGCACUUGUAUCUCGGGGCAGCUAAGGUGGAAGUGGGCACAGAAGUGACUGACUACAGGUUCUUCGUUCGCGCAAUCAUCAGGCAUUCUGAUCUGGUCACAAAGGAGGCUUCUUUUGAGUAUCUCCAAAAUGAAGGGGAGCGGCUGCUCCUGGAAGCCAUGGAUGAACUGGAAGUUGCUUUUAACAAUACAAAUGUCCGCACUGACUGUAACCACAUCUUCCUCAACUUCGUGCCCACAGUCAUCAUGGACCCAUCAAAGAUUGAGGAAUCUGUACGGAGCAUGGUAAUGCGCUAUGGAAGCCGGCUGUGGAAAUUGCGCGUCCUCCAGGCAGAACUGAAGAUCAACAUUCGCCUGACAACAACCGGAAAAGCAAUUCCCAUCCGCCUCUUCCUGACAAACGAGUCUGGCUAUUACUUGGACAUCAGCCUGUAUAAGGAGGUGACUGACUCCAGGACAGCACAGAUCAUGUUUCAGGCAUAUGGAGACAAACAGGGACCACUGCAUGGAAUGCUGAUCAAUACUCCAUAUGUGACCAAAGACCUUCUUCAAUCAAAGAGGUUUCAGGCGCAGUCCUUGGGAACAACGUACAUAUAUGACAUCCCAGAGAUGUUUCGGCAGUCGCUCAUCAAGCUCUGGGAGUCCAUGUCCACUCAAGCGUUCCUUCCCUCAGCGCCUCUGCCUUCCGACAUACUGACAUACACGGAACUGGUACUGGAUGAUCAAGGCCAGCUGGUUCAUAUGAACAGGCUUCCAGGAGGAAACGAGAUUGGCAUGGUGGCUUGGAAAAUGAGCCUCAAAAGCCCUGAAUAUCCAGAUGGCCGAGAUAUCAUUGUCAUUGGUAAUGACAUUACAUAUCGGAUUGGGUCCUUUGGGCCUCAGGAGGAUUUGCUGUUUCUCAGAGCUUCUGAACUUGCCAGGGCUGAAGGCAUCCCACGCAUCUAUGUGGCAGCCAAUAGUGGCGCUAGAAUUGGAUUGGCUGAAGAAAUCCGUCAUAUGUUCCACGUAGCCUGGGUAGAUCCUGAGGAUCCCUACAAGGGAUACAAGUAUUUAUAUCUGACACCCCAGGAUUAUAAGAGAGUCAGUGCUCUAAAUUCUGUCCACUGUGAGCAUGUGGAGGACGAAGGAGAAUCCAGGUACAAGAUAACAGAUAUUAUUGGGAAAGAAGAGGGGCUUGGAGCAGAGAACCUUCGGGGUUCUGGAAUGAUUGCCGGAGAAUCCUCACUGGCUUAUGAUGAGAUCAUCACCAUCAGCCUGGUUACAUGCCGGGCCAUUGGUAUUGGGGCUUACCUUGUCCGGCUGGGACAAAGAACCAUCCAGGUUGAGAAUUCUCACUUAAUUCUGACAGGAGCUGGUGCCCUCAACAAAGUUCUUGGUCGGGAAGUGUACACCUCCAACAAUCAGCUUGGGGGCAUCCAGAUCAUGCACAACAACGGGGUUACCCACUCCACUGUCUGUGAUGACUUUGAGGGUGUGCUAACAGUCCUGCACUGGCUAUCAUACAUGCCUCAGAGUGUGCAUAGCUCGGUUCCUCUCCUCAAUUCCAAGGAUCCUAUAGAUAGAAUCAUCGAGUUUGUUCCCACAAAGGCCCCGUAUGAUCCUCGGUGGAUGCUGGCAGGCCGACCUCACCCAACCCAGAAAGGCCAGUGGUUGAGUGGAUUUUUUGACUAUGGAUCUUUCUCAGAGAUUAUGCAGCCCUGGGCACAGACUGUGGUGGUUGGCAGAGCCAGGUUAGGAGGUAUACCUGUUGGGGUAGUUGCUGUAGAAACACGAACUGUGGAACUCAGUAUCCCAGCUGAUCCUGCAAACCUGGAUUCUGAAGCCAAGAUAAUCCAGCAGGCCGGCCAGGUUUGGUUCCCAGACUCUGCGUUUAAGACCUAUCAGGCUAUCAAGGACUUCAACCGUGAAGGGCUACCUCUAAUGGUCUUUGCCAACUGGAGAGGCUUCUCUGGUGGGAUGAAAGAUAUGUAUGACCAAGUACUCAAGUUUGGCGCUUACAUUGUGGAUGGCUUGCGAGAAUGUUCCCAGCCUGUCAUGGUUUACAUCCCUCCCCAGGCUGAGCUGCGGGGUGGUUCUUGGGUUGUGAUUGACCCUACCAUCAACCCUCGGCACAUGGAGAUGUAUGCUGACCGAGAAAGCAGGGGAUCCGUUCUGGAACCAGAGGGGACAGUAGAAAUCAAAUUCCGCAAAAAGGAUCUGGUGAAAACUAUGCGUCGGGUAGACCCAGUCUACAUCCGCUUGGCUGAGCGAUUGGGCACCCCUGAGCUCAGCCCCGCUGAGCGGAAGGAGCUGGAGAGCAAGCUGAAGGAGCGGGAGGAGUUCCUGCUCCCCAUUUACCAUCAGGUCGCUGUGCAGUUUGCUGACUUGCACGAUACCCCAGGCCGGAUGCAGGAGAAGGGUGUUAUUAAUGACAUCCUAGACUGGAAAACAUCCCGCACCUUCUUCUACUGGCGGCUGAGGCGCCUCCUGCUGGAGGACCUCGUCAAGAAGAAAAUCCACAACGCCAACCCUGAGCUGACUGACGGCCAGAUCCAGGCCAUGUUGAGACGCUGGUUUGUAGAAGUGGAAGGCACAGUGAAGGCUUACGUUUGGGACAAUAAUAAGGACCUGGUGGAGUGGCUGGAGAAGCAAUUGACAGAGGAAGAUGGCGUCCGCUCAGUGAUAGAGGAAAACAUCAAAUACAUCAGCAGGGAUUAUGUCCUCAAGCAGAUCCGCAGCUUGGUACAGGCCAAUCCAGAAGUUGCCAUGGAUUCCAUCGUCCACAUGACCCAGCACAUCUCACCCACUCAGAGAGCAGAAGUCGUACGGAUCCUCUCCACCAUGGAUUCCCCUUCCACGUAGGAGGAGCUCCCCACCCGUCCCUGCCCCAUCUCUGGAGAAGAGAGCUAGGGCUGCCUCUUACAUCUGAAACCACUGUAAUGAGAAGGCCUGCAGGCCCAGUACUGGAGUGAGAGUGGCGUUUGCUCCCCCUUGCGUGUUUGAGGUCCUGCAUGACAUCUGGGCUAUAGGAUCUCGAAACCCAGCCACACAUACCCGGUUCAGUAUUGAUUAGCCCAGCUGUGAUGAUGGUCCUCUUUCCAUGCACAGGACUGAGAAGGCAGUGAAGGGUACAUGCCUGUACCAUGAGGCCUUACUAGCCUAAAGCAGGACUGCCCUCUUGUCCUGCCUGCCCCCACACAGGGCCGUGUGAAUGGUGUCCACGUGUCUGCAGCCCCUGCCCCAUGAGCCACAGCCGCAAGCAGCAGGGGAGGGCUGGGGCUGAGGAAGGAGAGACUCAAGCCCAUCAGUCACCACCCCAUGUGCAGCCACGCACACCGAGCACUGGAGAGGAGCGGUCCCAUCUAACCAAGCCAAGAUAACUAUUUAUGAGAAAUGGCAGGGCAGAAAAUCUGUUGCAGGCCCGUGUGAGAACACAGAGGCAAAGCCAUGAUCUAAGAGGUGGGCUCAAAAACAGACCAAGUCAUUGUUCUUGGUCAAACACUCUCAAUCUUGAGUGGCUUCUCAGUACCCCUGGGGAGAUGGUCAACCCGCCACCAUCUUGCAUAUCACUA